AUGCAAGCCAGGGUUUUUCUUUUGAAUGAUGAAUCGAAUAUACUCAGAAGAGACGACCAAUGGUUCGUGUUUUUUCGUCCAGAGAGGAUUGCGCAAAAGAAUUUUAACGGGAAAAGACCUCGGAGAGAUGUGCAUGCAUCAGAGGGAGAUGGUUUCUGGAGAUCUAUUGCAAGUGAAAAACCUGUUAGGGACUAUCAUGGUCGAGUGAUAGGGUUUUUGAACGUGUUGAAUUUUUAUGAGUAUCUGGGUAGAAACAAUGAUUAUAGGAAGAAGAGUAGAACGGAUGGAUUUAGAAAAACGGAUUGGAUUAUGUAUGAGUAUCGAUUGAAUCGAGAUAUGUUUAAAGAAUGGGUUAUUUGUAAGCUUAGAAGAACUGGCUGGAAAGGUGACUCUCCGACGGCAACAACGGAAGACGACGAAGCUGACUUGGUGCAAGAAAUAGAUAACAUGAUAUCGUUUUCGAACAUAUUUCAUUCUUUGUUGAAUUCUUCUUUCAUAUAUGCAAUGAAAUUUGUUCAUGCAAAGUGUAACUUGUAA